AGAUUGUCAUUGUUUUACUACUUGCCCGCAUUUAAUAUUCUAAUUUGUGCGAACAAUAAACGGGAGAGAGGAUCACCUUGACGUUUAAACUGUCAUGUCAACGUUCCGUAAAUAAACAGUCUAGUUUAACAGUUACUGACGCUGUUGGAAUAAGAAGAAUGGGAUGGUCUCAGUUAAAGAAAGAAAUUUUCGGUAUCUUCCCGUGGAACUGGAGAAAGUUGCAAAGAAAGUCUAAAAUUUACGAAAGUAAUGCGUCAAGAAUAAUAAAUAGAGAGGGAAAGGUGAAGAUUGUCUUAGAUCAACUUAGUUUUGGCAAACGUCGAAGAUAUUGGCGCAAUCCUUUACCAAGUUUGCUUAGUUUACAAUGGAGGUGGAUUAUGGUUAUUUUUGCCCUUGGUUUUAUUCUUACUUGGCUUUUUUUUGCCGUUAUCUACUAUAUCAUUGCAUUGACUCACGGUGACACCGAACCAAAUGAAGAUCCAGAUUUUACACCAUGCAUGAAUAGUGUAAAUUCUUUCACAACGGCUUUUUUAUUUUCUUUGGAAACACAACACACAAUCGGUUACGGGAGUCGUAAUCCAACCUCUGAAUGUAGUGAAGCUGUUGUGGCAGUUUACGUUCAGUUCAUAAUUGGUGUAGCUGUGCAAUGUGUGACAGCCGGUCUGGUUGUUGCUAAGUUACAGUCGGGAAAACGUACGUCGAAAGCUAUUACAUUUAGUGAGAAAGCAAUAGUUGGUAAAUGUAAUGACAAUGUGUGUUUAAUGGUGAGAAUAGGAAACGCUGGGGUCUCUGAACUCGUUAAUGCCAAGGGAUUCGGAAUGUUAAUGGAAAGGAAGAAACUGACGGCCGACGAGGAAAUUUUAAACGAAUCAUUUCUGACAUUUAUUUCAGAAAACGGAAGUGAAAAUUUGAACUUGCUGUGGCCAAUGGUACUCCAUUGUCAAAUUAUAGAAAACCAGAAAGAAUUUCUUCAAAAGAUGCAAAGUCCACAGUGUGAAUUGAUAGUUAUAGUAGAAGGUGUCCUUGCUGCAACAGGGCAAACCAUGCAGCUAAGAAUGUCAUACCAAGCACAUGAAAUAGAAAUUGGUAAACAAUUUGUUGACAUAAGUCCUGUUUUAACAAAAAACAAAACUGGUAAGAAAUAUCACUACCUUGUAGAUUAUAAAGAUUUCGACAUGACUGAAAUUGAUGAGCAAUGGGACGAUGCUUUGCUUCAUGAUUCACAGAACAAUGACUGUGUUUAACUGAUUUCCCAGCUCUAGAGGAAUAUAGGAUAAUGGCAUAAGCUUGCUCUGUAUACAACCUACGGAUGCUUACUUACAAGAUAAAAAAUACUAUGAUCGAUAUUCCUAUAUGUCAAAAAGGGCAGUGGAAAUACAAACGAUUUUUUUUAUAUACUUGUAAUUGCAAAUGUGAAGUAAACAAAAUUAUGAUAGUGAUUAAACUUACAACUAAUAUAUUUCAGACCUUAGUGAAAGUGCUGUCUACAAACCUGCAAAAUGCAAAUCACUAAAACUGUUUGUUAAUUAGGGAAAAUACUUAUAAUAUAGAAAUUUCAAAUCAAUGUCUUAUUUAUUUAUAACAGAACAUGUUAUUUUUGUGUGUAGAUAAA